AUGAAUUUCUCAGACCAAAUUCAAUUGCUGAUUUGUUUCAUUUAUGGGUUGUUGAUUUCAUCAAUCUUGCUCGUUACUUUUGCUCAGCCUUUAAGAACAUUAUUGAAGUACGGAAAAAACCUGCAAGUAAGUGGUAACAAAUCGAGCAACCAAUUUGUCAAUUUUGUCGCCGUUAAAUUCGUGGUGCCGAAGCAGUGGUUUAAACAUUUCUACAUUUGUUUGUUCUCGUUAGCUACAGCAUCAUUUUUCUAUCCAUGUCAUGAGAAUACCAUAAAACCGGCUUCUGCAGCUUUCAAAAACAUCAAGAUUAUCCAGAUUUUACUUUGGUUACAAGGAGGUCGACGAUUAAUAGAAAGCUACGCAGUGACAAAGUUUUCUCCAAAAUCCACAAUGAACUUUAGCCAUUACAUUGUAGGGAUGGCGCACUAUAUUUUAAUCUCAACUGCUACAUAUUUUGGGCUAUGGGAAAGUUGCUCAGCAAGUACAGCACUAACCACAACUGACUAUAUCUUGAUAUUUGCUUAUGGAGUUGCUGUUGUACAGCAGUUUAAAGUGCACAAUUACUUGGCUAAUUUACGGAAAUACUCCUUACCGCAAUUCAAGGUUGUUGCAUCUCCACAUUACUUUUGGGAAAUUGUUAUCUAUACUGUGCUAUUCACUUUCAGCGUGAAGGAGAGGGUUAAUAUGAUAUCGGCAUCAUUUCUUGCAGCCUUGGCAUUUGUGAGCGUGAACUUGUCCAUUACUUCGCUCGAAACUUACAAAUUUUAUGUUCAAAAAUAUGGCCAUGAUUUCAAAUUGAGAUGGGCUAUACUACCGGGAAUUUUAUAA